CUGAUAUCUUCUCUUCCUUCAAUCUACUAUCUUCCCAUUGCAGUUAUUUUAUUUUAUUAUUUACUGUAGCUGAUAUUCUUUAAGAAAAAUAAAAAUGGUGAGUGGACGGUACAAACGUAUUCGGGAUAGAACGCGUCUAUUUGAGAGCGACUCUGAGGACGACUUAUCGUCGUCUGGAUCUGUCACUGAAGCUGAAGAGCUCGAUGAGGACAUUGAUAUGGAGGAUUUGGACACUACAGAACUUGAAAAUCUCCACAGUGAUGAAGACUGCCUAGAAGCAGAAGAUGCAGAUAAGAAACGAGAAAAACACUUCUGCAAAGAAAUCUGGCAACUCAAAAAGUUACCGUAUGGUGCUGAACUUGAAGAACAAGCCAAUCAGCACUUUUUGAUGAUUAAAAAAGGACUAGCUGAGUCAAUCUUACUGAACGAUGCUGCAUCAGGAUUUUGCCACUGGACUAUGGAACUGGACAAAUAUAUCGAUUAUUACGGUCGGAGAUUUUCAAAAGAAGAACACAUUCAAUUGAUCAAAAUAUUUCUGCCAUUGGUUAAAAAAGGAGCAAUUUUCCGUAAUGUGAAAAUUGCAAUGCGAACUUUAUAUACACUUUUAUGCAAGAAAGACUUCCUUACACGUCAAGAUUUGGUCAUCGAGUGGCGGCCACUGAUGGAACUUUAUGUGGAAGUAACAUUCAAAAAUUUGGAAGAAGAUGGAUUGUUCUUGAUGCCCGAUGGAUUCCGGUCCGAUCUUCACACGCUCAUUUUCUAUGCACGACCAUAUUUUUCCGACGAAUCAGUCCAGGAGGUUCUUGAUGAAGUUCGUCCGUACAUGUGUAUUUGGGAUGAAUCGUGCCUUCGUUACUGGAAAUUAUUGGAUUUAUUUUUGUGUACCGCUAUGCCAGUGGAAAGGCAGCUUACUCACGGAUGUGGCAUUUGGUUCGACGAAGCAUGGUACUGGUAUGAGGAAAUUUCAAAUAAUUCACUUUUUGAAACGCAAGCCAUCAAAAUGUUUGCCAGACUUUCAGUAGAAUGUCCCGGUCAUAUUGAUUGGACGGAUAAGCUCGAUUUGAUAUUUUCACGGCUUUUGAGAGCAUUGCGGCUUGGCCACGUCACUGGGCUUUGUCAGAUUUUCAAUCAAGAGUAUGGAUCUAUUUGGCUAGUUUUCAUGAUGGGAACACAGUCACACGAGAAACUGAUGAGCCAUUUGCGAGAUUUGUUCAAUCAAGUUGAAUCUUUCAUGCAUCCGUCGAAUAAUGGUCUUCAUACACAACACAUCAUGGUUUUACUUUCAAAGCUUCUAUCGAACACGAUUCUUCGCUUGAAGCGUGAAAGAUCAGAGAAAACUCAACAUCGUACGCGAACUUUGACACCGAUUCCGGAACAUAUGCGUCUUACACAGGCACACCUUGACGAGCUUGUUAAUCUGAUGUUGCCGUGUCUCAAAUUAAUGGCAUUCACAAAAAGCUGUAAAGAACUUGUCAGUCCAGCCUUUCGAUCUGCUUGUCUUCUUUGCCCAAAGAUAAUUCUACCGAUUGUUCUUGAUAUGGUUUACCCUGCUCUCGAAACACUUGUUGAGCCCCAUCGUCUUCUUCAAACUUUAGGAACUCUCCUGGGAGUGCUCAUUCCACUUGUAAAAGAUGAACCAGAUGCUGAUGGAAAAACGUAUCGAACGCAUGUUAUUACCAUUCUCAAUUCGUUGCUUCCUGGUCUCGAUUGCAAUGAUAUCAGCAAAUGUAUGGUAACGUAUCAAAUUAUUGGAGUUAUCGUGAAUAUGAUUCCGAUUGUCGACUGCUCAGAGGCUGUGCAUACGCGAUGUGAUCUCACUGAAGAUGAAAAGGAACUUUGUUCGGCCACAGCAAACUUUGAUUCAAUUAUCUCGAUGCUUAUGGAUCGAAUGUUCGAAAUGCUCAUUGCAGUAGGUCAAACAGCCAGUUCAACAAGCACACACGGUUCAAUUGCUGCCAAAACCGGAAAUAAUAUUGAAGAUCAAAUCUUCCAUCGUGGAACUCUAUCGGUUUUUAAGGGAAUCUGCCGAAAUAGUAGUACCGAAUUAUUCAAUAUCGCUGUCAAUAAGUUAUAUAAUGUUGCUUGUGAACAUGUAUUCGACAGUCGAAUUGCCAACGAUGUUAUUGGGGACAUGAUGCAAGUUGCUUGCAAGUUUCAUCCAGAGAUUGCAUUCCAGAAAUUCUUCAAAUUGAUUAUUUCCAAGCUACAAGGAUGUAUUACGCCUGAAUUCUACACUGACGAAAAAGUCGAGUUUGGAACGCUGUGGUGGAUUUCUAUCGCAUCUCGAAUGAUAAAAGUUCAUCCAAAAUUACUGCUGGAUAAUUGGCAUCUUGUCGAAACGCUGAUGGAUCUUGUGAUGCCAUUAAAGAAAUGCACAACAGCCACCGAAAAAGCUCUGAAUGUUCUCGAUAAUGUUCUGGACCAACUCACUUCGAUUCAAAUCAAUUCGCUAGUGGAACGUCGAAAAAUGUACGAUCUACCGACCGACCAAUUUCUCGCCAUUCGUCAUUGGGCAGCACCUGUGGAGAAGAAAAACUGGAAUCCGGAAUGGAUAAUUCCCACUCAAGAAUCAAUUGACAGAGCUACACAGCUUUUGAGAACUUGGUUGGUACCUACAAUUGAUGCGCUGAAUGCACCAAAUGGAAUCCCCAAAAAGGAAAUAUUACAUCGUCUCUAUCUUAUCAGAAGUGCUCUUCUAGGUGCUUGUUUCUCUUUGCCUCUUCUCGAAGGAACUAUUCUUCCACUUUGUGAUUCUCACAUUAUUAAUCCUGAGAAUGAAUUAGUGACAGUUGUGAAGCCAAAAGGAACUCCUGAAAUCUCAAUUGACGGAAAAAAUGUGCGACAAAUGGCAUUGGAUUGUACAAUCGGCCUCAUUGACUGGUUAUUAGAGCAUUCACCGGACGACGUUAAAUCAAUUCAAGAAGCUAUCUCGAUACUUAGAGGUCUUCCUAUGAAUCGUGGAUACACGAAGGAACUCUACAAUACUUCCUCAACGAGUUACCGUGUUACAAAAACAAUGUUGUGCGACAAAUUGGCUGGAAAUCGAAGCAAUAUUGAAAUGAUCGUAGAGGAAUAUGUAAUGUUGUUGCAUCGAAAGCGUCUUGCUCAAACUCAGGGAUGGCAUUAUAACGAGCAACACAAGAGAAUUCAAGAUACCCUGUUGAAAGUUGCGACCAGUACGUACAGUGAGAAUCGAGCCAAGGCGCAGAAUAUUCUGCUGGGAAAGCUUCGCGAACAUCCAUACUCCUAUAAACACAUUGUUAACGAUAUUCUGGAGUUUCUUCAGCCCGGCAAUGAUGUUACUCACGAACAACUUAAAGGAGCUCUGUAUCUUCUGAUCGAUGGAAAAAAGCAGUCACUAAUGCUUCGCAUGGAAUUCGAACAACAGUAUAAAAUUUGGCCAGCGCUCAUUAAAGUUCAACACAGUGAAAAACCCACAAUAAUUGCUCUCCUCGAAACUGCUCAAAAUAUGAUCGUCGAUAAUUAUGAAAGUUAUCGGCUAAAAUAUGAAUGGGAACCAGCAAAUGUGGAAGCUGCAUGGAAGUUGCUGAAAGCUGCCGAUGAAACAUCUCCCUUGUACGAUGCAGACAUGCUUCAAGGACCAUCAACAGCUGAGUUGGAGAAAUACAAGAAUUUGUUAACUGAAAAAUAUGAAAAGUCAAAGUCAAAUUAUUUCUUACUGAUUGAACAACUAUUCACUCUAGCCAACGAUCCAACUCUUCAUUGGCGUCCUCUUGACAUGGCCUAUUCUAUGCUUUCAAUGCAAGUAAGACGAGAUUGCCCAUUACCGGACAAUGUCGUGAAGAUGUUCGUUCGUCUUCUCAUUAAUGAUACUGUGAAGACGAGACGAAUUGCAUCAGCUGUGGUUGCUUCAUGGCUAAAGAUGACAAAACCAAAAGCUGUGAAGCGCGAAUAUGUGAUUCCUUAUAAAGCACCGAACACAGCGAUUGGAGCCAAACAUCCUAUUCCAUACGGAUUCAGAACAGACAACAGGUGCAUGAUGUAUGAGGAAGAAAAACUGCCAAAGACUGACGAAGAAUGGGACUCAUUCCAGUUCUGUAGCAAGCAACAUUGGGGAAUCUACACAUGGCCGGCAAAGCUGAUCACCUAUGCACCAUUGAAAGAACAGACGGCGAUUGACAGAAGUUACGAACAAUUCAGUGAAGUCGAAAAGUACAUUGUGGAUAUGUUCCAAGAUGAAAAGUUUAUGACACGGCUCCGUGAACUGUUCUCCAUUGAAAUGAAGAAAGAAGACGAAGUGUUCAAUGCGGUUCAUUUUUCAUUGUUCCAAGGAUUAUUCCGAUGUUAUGGAGAUGUAUUGACACAUGCAUUCCGCACGCAGCUUGAGAUUCUUCUAGCCAGCUCCAAGGAAUACGAACAAAAGUUAGCAGCAGAGAUUACGGCUGGUUUGAUGAAUGGCUCGAAGUUGUGGAGGUACGAAAAGCAGAGAAAAAUGUGGAAUUGGCUCGACCCGAUGCUCACGAAAACAUUUGAACUGAUGAAAGAAGACGGCUUACGAAAUUGGGGAGUGGCUAUCGCUACAGUAUGUGGAUGCUCAGAGGCACGUAUGCUGAAACCUCUUAUCGAUUUGUUGUUCAAGCUGGUGGAAAGGCCAACAGAUAAUGCUUAUGCUGCUAGCAGCAGAAUGUUCUUAAUACAAUCGGCUCUCUGUCAAUUUGAAUGGAGAGGUGUUGAACUGUGGAACAAGCUGGUAGAAAUGAUGAAAGGAUGUCUUGUACAGCCGUUCGCGAAUUUGAGAGACCGUGUCGCAAUUUCCCUCGUGUCCGCCACUUGGUACGACCUUCCAGCUGUUGGUACGGAUCCUUCUCUUCCUAAACGAUUGCAACCUCCAAGAAUUGCGGAUAUCUCUGAACAAUACAAAGAACUACUUGGAAGCUGCUGGGACGAGGUGCGAAUGAUCCGUGAAUCUGAUACCAGCAACGGAACCAGCUCUAACAUCAAUGGAUCAGCUUCUCUAUCAGUUGCAAAUCAUUCUGGCGAAUCUAUGAGCCACUCAGCUUCAAGUGCAUCUCUCGCUGAAGUCUCCGAAGUGAAGAAACAAGCUCGUCUUACACUCCGAGCCGUCAUUUCCUUUGUCUUCAAUACAUGUAACCAAUCUUAUGAUGCCUAUCCACCAACGUUCAUUCCAAUGUUACCUCUCUGGUGUCAUUAUUCAAACGAUGUUGGAGAUGAGGAACUACAAAAGACAUGUGCUGCUCUAUGUGUUGGACAAAUGGAGGCCAACUACAUUUCUCCGGAAAAUGCGCCAGAAGUUAUUCGACAAUUCCAACAACUUCUUUCGUCUCCCUGUUGGUGGAAAUCAAAGGUUGCUGCCUUGAAAAUGCUCCGAAUGCUUGUGUUCUCCAACAGAUUUGUAUUCAGGAUCCAUCGUGAUGAUAUCGGUAUGAUCCUCGUCAACUCACUCAAUGACAAUCAAAUCGAAGUUCGUGAAAGAGCGACAGAUGCCCUAAGUACACUUCUUCAAGCUAAAUUCUUCGAGACAACACCAGAACUUGUUACCAAAUUCAGUACAGCUGCCCAUUCAAAAGAUCAAAUUCAAGGGCAUGCUGGUGUUCUCGGAUUGUCAGCUAUUGUGCUAGCUUUUCCAUACUCUGUUCCAGAGUUUCUCCCGGGAGUCCUAAUGACUAUUUGUCGGUUUGCCACUGACAAGAGUGCCACAAUACGGGAAGCUGUAAAACGUACUCUUUCGGAGUUCAAACGUACUCAUCAAGAUUCGUGGCGUGAGCAUGAGCAACAAUUCAACGAGGAUCAACUCAUGGUGCUCCGAGAUUUGCUCAUUUCUCCCAAUUACUAUGUCUAGAAUAUCUUCCGAUAGUGAUAGUUCGUAGUAGCGCUGUGUUGUGUGUACGUAUCUCCGAACGCUUUAUCAUUUUGCAUUUCGCCGGUUUUUUUGUCUAUUUUCCUCUCCCGUUUAUAUUUUCCAUUUCGAAACGGUGUUCUCACAUUUCCCAUUCUCCUGUUUGUACCCCCCAGUCUCUUCCUCCCCCGUUCUAUUUUAUAUAUCUUGCCCCGAGUAUUCACACUAUCCCAUGCCGUUUCCCUUUUGAACACAUUGUUCUGUGCAGUUUAUUUAUUUUUUGCUAACUUCAUCCCACAACCCUUUCGGAAGUUAAUUUAUAUCCAUUUUACCUUGUAUACCACAAUUUCAUACAAAUGAAUCACUACGCCGAAUAAAUAAAUUGAGAUUUGG